AUGGCCACUUUUCUCAGGGAUAAAGCUGUCUUAGAGGCGGACGUCAUUGCUGUCCAAGAGCCCUGGCGGAAUGAACAACAACACACAACCCACCAGCCGGCGACCGCAAAAUUCCAGCUGUUGUAUCCAGCGAUGCAGACCCGCCAGGAGCAGGGCCCUCGCGACCGUGAUUCAAAUUCUACCCAAGCAGGGGUAUGCCUAUUCGUCUCGAGGAAGGUUGACCCAGGCACCUGGUCGUGCCAACUUGUAUCACAGGAUUAUCAGCUACUGAAGCUCAGAAGAGCCAACCGGAACAGGGACUGGACGGACCUAUUCGUACACAAUGUGUAUAACAGGCCGGGGAGCAGCACCCUAACCCAGCUGAGAGACAAGCUGGCAAGGCUUCCUAUGGCCGAGCAUAUAGUAGUAGGAGACAUGAACGCUCACCACCCAGCUUGGGGAUGGCCAGGAACUAAGAUCGACGACGAAGCUGAACAACUGCUGCAAAUCACAGACGAGCAGGAGCUCGAGCUGAUCACCGAGGAAGGGAAAGCGACCUGGACGAGAAACGACCAAUCAUCAGUGAUUGACCUUACCUUCAUCAGUCCCAGCCUCAGCGGCAGAAUAAUCCGCUGUGGGCGGGCGGAUGACAUUGAGCACUCAUCAGAUCAUUUUCCUAUUAGAACCACGCUUGAUAUCGAGACGCCGAUAUUAACGCAGCAGAGAAGGAGAAAUUGGAAAGCGACUGAUGACGGCAAACUUAUCCGAAAGGUCGAAGAAGGCAUACAAGAAAGAGAUCUACCCAUGGUAGGCCACCGACAGAUCGAGGAGCAAUGUCAGAAGCUACUAGGCGUCGUACAAUGCGCAAUUGACUUUUCAACCCCGUGGGCAAACCCAUCGAUAUGGUCGAACCCCGACUUUGACGAAGAGUGCGGGGCCGCCGUCAAAGAAGUUCGGCGACUACGACGUAUUCACACGAGGACAAAGGACCCCUACGACUGGAUGCUAUACUCCAAGGCACGCAACAAAAAGACACGUCUGGUUAAGAGGGCACUCUCCCGGGCACAUCGACGCCGAGUCCAGCAGGUAAUCGAAGAUGGACCUCAGGGAAUGUGGCGCCUCGCCAAAUGGGCCAGAAAUCGUAACGGAGCCUACGAGAGAGGCCUCACACCCUCACUAAAAACGAACUUGCCGUUACAAGACGAACUUGCCGAGACAGUCGACCAGAAAGCGGAGGCUUUCCGGACGGCCUUUUUCCCACAGCCGCCACCUGCGGACCUCACGGACACUGCCUUAUUUCGAUACCUAGAGCCGAUUGAAUUCCCACCAAUUACGACACAAGAGAUACAGGAAGCUGUGAGAACAGCAAAGGCAGGAAAAGUGCCAGGAGCUGAUGGGAUCCCGAACUCCCUCUGGCACAAAUUGAUCGAGGUGCCAGUGGUACUGCAAUUGCUCGAACAGCUGUUCAAUGCUUGCAUACGCACUGGCUACAACCCAACACACUUCCAACAAUCAAUCACGGUGGUCCUACGAAAGCAAGGCAAGAGUGACUACCAACUGGCAAAGUCCUACCGACCGGUGGCGCUUCUAAAUACUCUCGGAAAGUUUCUCGAAGCAGUGGUCGCACGACGAAUCAGCUAUGCCGUGGAAACCGAGGGUAUCUCCCAAAGACCCAUCUCGGGG